GCUAAGACACAAGACCUGCUUGUCUUGAAGAUAAAUAGCGAUGCCAUCGGAGAAUUUAACAUAUUUUUGCGAUUCUUGUACGAGUGGAAACAACACGUUUGAAGAUUCAAGUGAUUUUCCAGUCGUGUAGAUAGUUUUGAAAUAGUGAAAUAUCUGCGGGAUUUGCGUCAGACUCUGCUUCUCUAAAAUACUUACUGUUGUCAUACAAAUAAAGGAUACUCAAAAAUGAAGUUCCUCCUUGUAUCCGUGGUACUCUGCAGCGUAGUCUGUAUUUUCGGACAACAAUACACGCAAAAGUAUGACAAUAUCGAUGUGGACAGUGUACUCUCGAACGAUCGUAUCCGUUCCAACUACGUGAAGUGCCUCCUGGAAACCGGACCCUGCACCCCCGAAGGACGAGAGCUCAGAAAUCUGCUGCCAGAAGCUUUGGCUACAAACUGCGCCAAAUGUACCGCCGUUCAAAGCAAGAACUUAGUGAAGACCCUUAGAAAGUUCGAAAACAGCGAAACCAAGGAGUGGAAGCUAUUAACCCGGAAAUAUGACCCAAAAGGCACCUACAUCGCCGCCUUCAGGAAGAGCCAUCAAUAAACCAUGAUUCCUAAGCUUUUCUGAUAAUAAGAUAACAAAUAAAUGAUAGGAAAGAAAUAAAGUGAAGAGGAUAAAUCA